AUGACGCAUCCAUUGCCCGUUAAACCAAAUCAACCACUUAAGGUUGCGACUCAGUCUCGAAGUUGGUCGAUUCUGGAGAACAAAGCUCUGGUUGAUUCCUACAUUAAAGUUUGCUCUGAUAAGGUUAUAGGCGCCGGCAUGAAAAAAGCUGAGAUUUGGAGGCUAGCUGAUGUGUGCUAUAACGAAAUUCAAGUGGGUAGACCGCAUGAACUUGUAGUAAGAGGCACAAAAUGUUUAGAGGAUCGUUGGGGAAGGAUGUUUCCAGACAUCAUUUUGUGGGCUGCUAGUUUUGAAGAAGCUGGUAAGUUAUUUGCAAGUGGGAAUAGUGAUGCGGACCAAAUUUCUACCGCUCACAAGUUAUUCCGCAAUACUUCUGAUAACAAAAAGAACUUCACAUUGAUGCAUGCUUGGAAGAUGCUUAUUCAUGAUAACCCAAAGUGGAGGGUGAUGACGAGGUGGGGUAUGUCAAAGAAAGAGAGACAAGCAUACAAUGCCAGUCUACCAGUUUCUACUGAAGAUAAUGAAGGAAGUGACAAGAGAACUAGACUUGAUGAUGAUGGUGACACCGUCUUACCAAGUGGUGGGAGCUUCGUAUCUGGAGGUAUAUCUCGACCAGAUGGUGUAAAGAAAGCUAAGGCCAGAAGAAAAGGCAAAGGGGCAGAAUCAUCAAAGGAAGUUUCGUCUUUUGGAAAUCAGUUGCAAGCUAGCACUGAAAUUAGGACUCAAGAGCACCAACUAAAUUUAAAGAAAUUCGAGUGA